GGCCCGGCCGCCAAGGGGCCGCCGCCGGCCUCCUCAAUUCUUUCCCCCCCGUCACUUCACUUCCUCCACCGUCUCGGCUCAUUGACGUCUAAAUACGCAGUGACAGUCCCACCCCGUACCCGCGCGUCGCAGACCCCCGCCGUCUCUACCACCACCGAACGCCACCAGCCCACUUCCUCGCGCGCAAAAUUUAAAACACAAUCCCUCUCCUCCUGCCCUGCGGUGGCCCUGCGGAAGCCCUGCGGGUGGACCCCAGUCGCGAUGGCCGCGGUGGGAGGAGCGCUCUUGCCGCCGCAGCUGCCGCCGCCUCUGGUCGACUCGCCACCACCUGCAGCUCCACCGGCGUCGCCACCAGCUUCACACGUAAUCCUGUCCGACCUGGACCGGCGCUACCGCGUGCUACGACGCGUCCGCCGGCGGGAGACUCGCUGGCUCCAGGCUCUGGACGGCUCACCCGCCCCCGCCCGACCAUCCACGGCACCCGCGGGGCCCCGCCCCCGCGAGCAGCCCCCACGCCCGGCGCCCUCGGAGCAUCGCCGCAGGGUGGCGGCCCGGCUGCUGGAGUUGGCGCAGAGAUGCCCCUGCGGCGGCGCGGGGGCGGCAAAACCCAGCUGCAGCAGCCGGUGGUACAAUGAGAGCGACUACCGGCCGCAGCUGCAGGUGGGCCCCGGGCGGUGGCGGGGCGGCGGCGGCGGAGAGCACCCGGCGGGAGGUGCAGCGGAGGCGAAGCAGUGUGUCGCCCCAGGCCGGCGGCGGCGCGCGCGGCCACUGGACUCGGAGACAGGAAUCAGCAUGAAAGAGGAGCCCCCAGUCAGCAGGCCAGCCGUCCCCGCCGCCCCCGCCGCAGCCGCGCUCUCCUCGACCUCGGCCGCACAACGGCAAACUUCAUCCCAGCAGGCCCACCAGGAACCGUGCUCGUGCCUCGACAUCCACGACCCCUGCGACCCGUCCGGCGUCGGCUCGGAUACGAGCUUCAGGACAGCCCUCGACCAUGCCGACGAGCCCCCGGAUGGAGAGGCCUUGCUGACCGUGCUGCUCAGGCGCUCCAUGCGCGCGCUCCGCGACACCCUGCGGCUGGCCGCGCUGUGGACGCCGGACGCUUGCGAGAGGUUCCAGUACUCGUCCGGGCGCCUGGGGCGCGCGUGUGACCUGCUGGGCGGCGGCAGCGAGCUGAGCCUGAGCGCCAGCGAGCGCGGAAUCAUGCGGGCGGGCCCGCGGCCAGACGAGCUGUCCCGCAAGAUGGCGCCCCCCCUGAGGGUCCUGAGGGAGGACAUGGCAGCGCUGGCGGCCGGGCUGGCCAGCUUCCACCGCGCGGGCGCAUCGCGCAACCGGCCACCUUGAGGAAGAGAGAGCGGGAGAGAAUGGGGGGGAAGGGGGGAGGAUAAAAAUGAAAAAGAAACAAGAAAAAGCGGUAAAAUUAAUUAGCACGGCAGAUUCUAACAAGAGAGAAUUACAAAAGAUUUUUCAAUAAAGAAGUGAACA